CAAAAACAGUGAAAACCUGUCUAGGACUUUUCAGUCACCUUCUUCAAUCAAAGAAAGAGGACCCCUUUUUCUUUCAUUUUUUUUUUCUUUUUUUUUUUUUUUUUUUUUGUCCUUUUUCUUAUUUUGCCCUGUUCAUGGAUCCCAAGGGCUCAAUGGCAAAGCAGCCACAACAAGUACCAAGCUUCUUAAGCGUCCCUCAGCCACCACCACCACCACCACAACAACAACCAAACAUGGGUGAGAACAAGCCUGCUGAAAUCAAAGACUUCCAGAUUGUGAUUGCUGACAAAGAAGAGGGCAAGAAGCAGUUGGCCCCCAAGAGAAGCUCAAACAAAGACAGGCACACCAAAGUUGAAGGCAGAGGAAGGCGGAUAAGGAUGCCGGCUCUAUGUGCAGCGCGGAUUUUUCAAUUGACCAGAGAAUUGGGCCACAAAUCUGAUGGGGAAACCAUACAGUGGCUAUUACAGCAGGCUGAGCCGUCGAUAAUUGCAGCCACCGGGACGGGAACUAUACCGGCUUCAGCUUUGGCAGCGGCAGGGGGCUCUGUUUCGCAGCAGGGGACCUCUCUAUCGGCUGGAUUGCACCAAAAGAUUGAUGAUUUAGGGGGGUCCAGUAUUGGGUCAGGCAGUAGGACCAGUUGGGCAAUGGUAGGUGGGAAUAUAGGGAGACCCCAUGUGGCCACAGGGUUAUGGCCCCCGGUCAGUGGCUUUGGGUUUCAGUCAUCAUCUGGUCCAUCGACAACUAAUUUGGGCAGUGAGAGUUCAAAUUACCUGCAAAAGAUUAGCUUCCCUGGAUUUGACUUGCCAGCCAGCAAUAUGGGUCCUAUGAGUUUCACCUCAAUAUUGGGUGGGAGUAACCAGCAGCUACCUGGGUUGGAACUUGGCUUGUCCCAAGAUGGUCAUAUUGGGGUUUUGAACCCCCAAGCCUUGAGCCAUAUUUAUCAGCAGAUGGGGCAUUCUAGAGUGCAGCAGCAACAGCAUCAUCCUCCUGCUAAGGAUGAUUCUCAAGGGUCAGGACAGUAGGUUUGGACUUUGGGGACAUUAAAAUCUACAAAUUUGAAGAGGGGCAUCAAAGAAGUGGCACUUUCAGAGGCUGAGUUCUUUUGUAAUGGUUUUUGUAUUGUAUAAUUUGGAAAAAGAAAAAAAAACGAGAAAAGAGAUACUGAAAGAAUUCAAUAGGGACUGGAUUUGGUUUGCCCCUUCUUUUUGACCUCUGCAUCACUGAAGUCUCCAAAAACAGGUGGAAAUUGUGCACAGCCAGAUUGCUUGGUUUGGGGUUAACUUCUUGUUUAAUUCAGAGGUGUGUUGAUUAUAGGUGUAAGGCCUCUUUAAUUAUGUUGUUCUCCUUUAGGUGUGGAUGGAGUGGUGAUCAGUUUGUUUGCGACAUUAGAGUUUCAUAGUCAUAUUUUUCCAAUUUCUUCUUAGAUCUAGCAAGGGAUUUUAAUUAUCUAAUAUAUUCUUGUGUUUUCGCAGAAAGGGCAAAUUGUUUGUAAAAUCUGGCUGUCUGAUACAUGCAUUUUACUUGCUAGCUAAUAUCUAUAAACAAUCUAUUACCUCUUCAGAAAUAUACAGCUUUGAACCUA